AUGUCCAAGAAUGCUAAGUACUUGAGGGAUGUGGUGGCAAAAAAGUUGAAAUUGCAAGAUAUGGGUGAAAUAACACUCACUAAAGAGUAUAGUGCAGUAAUGACACAGAAAAUUCCUCAGAAAUUGAAAGAUCAGGGGAAGUUUGCUAUCCUUAUUCAAAUUAGAAGAAAAGAGGUCCAUGCAUUGAGUGAUUUAGGGGAAAGUAUAAAUUUAAUACCCCUAUCUCUAUUUGAAAAAUUGGGCUUGGGAAAACCUAGAUCGACCACCGUAGUUUUGAAACAAGAAGACGGUUCCAUGGCAUAUCCGAAUGGAAUAAUUGAGGAUAUCCUCAUUAAGAUUGUUAAAUUUGUUAUUCCUGCUAACUUUAUUGUUCUUGAUUUUGUGGUAGACAAACAGGUACCAAUUAUUUUGGGGCGCCUAUUCUUAGUGAUUGGAGGGGCUUUGAUGGAUAUUAGAGAAUGA